AUGAGGUUGCGAUUUUUCACUCUCCAGAUGAUCCCAUGGUGUUUCCAGUUGAUGGGCAACCACAAUCUCUCUCGCGUGCAGCUUCGUCACACCCAUCAACAGCGCCAGGUUGUGGGUACCAUCAAGCUCGUCAAAUCCGACGGCCUGGUUUUGAUCUACCACAGCCCAAUCUAUGUCUCCGAGCUCAUGAUGGAGUUUCCGAAACACCUUGUGUGCCGGUCCGAUUCGUUCUAUAUCGGACAGAAGAUCCCGGCUCUCUCUGAAGACGACCAGCUUCAGCUCGGCCACAAGUACUUCCUGCUACCUCAACACUUGUUCCAGUCGGUGCUUUCUUUCGUGACCAUUGCUUCGUUCAAUACCAAAGACUCCUCAAAAACCGCGUUUCUAAGGAAGGCUGUGAAUUGCGAGCCGUUUGAUAUUCAGAAAACGCCAUCUGGGUGCUUGAGGAUACGCGUUUCCGACGAGUUUAUAUCCCAGAUGUUGGAGGAAGGGAAGCUCAACGAGGAAGCAGCAAAUAAGGAAGAUGAGGCAAAUAAUUUUGCCAAAGCCAAGAGCGGGGUUUGCACCACGGCUCAGUUGCAGAAAGACUACACGCAGCUUGUUGGGUCACGGCAAUGGAAGCCGAGGCUUGAGCCCAUCAGAGAGACGAGGGAGAAGAGCAGAAGGCUGUCUUCGUUUGGGAUGAGAAGAUCUUCCAAGAAGAAAUCUCAACCCAACUCAUUAAAGGAGUCCCAGAAGAACCAAAAGAGUUCUAGUACUGCUACUUCCAAAGCCAAGAUCAAGAUCAAACCAUCAAGGAAAUGA